AUGCCAAGCCUUCUCUUUGCGGGGAAAUUUGGAGAAAGCCCCAAAGCCAAGACUCAACGGCCCCAUCCAUGUCUUUUGUUCACCCCUGCAUCGUCAUCUUCCCAACUCCCAAUUCCCAAUUUCGAGAACACCAUCCCACCACCACCCACCGCCAUCAUGAGCAGCAGCAGCAGCAGCAGAAAAUCCCGUCCCAAACGCGACACAAGCGUCGGUUCCUCGUCAUCCUCUUCCAGCAACGAACGCCCAACCGCCCCAUUACUCCAUCCAUCAUCAGCUCCCACCCGGGCAAGAUCCAAAUCCCCAUUACCACCACCCCCCACCCAACAACCACUCCACAUCACCAUCCGCUUCAGCACCUCCCUCCCCGACCUCGAACUCGACAUCCCCUCCCCCUCCACCACCACCGUCAUCGCCCUCAAACACCUAAUUCGUCAACACCUCACCCCCACCACCGGCGCAACCUCCAACCUCCGCUUCAUCCACAACGGCCGCAUCCUCCCCGACACCUCCCCCUUGUCAACAGUGUUCAAGUCCCUCCCCCCACCCCCGCCAUCCCAAUCCCUCCCCGACCCAAAGGGAAAAAGAAAAGAUGCACCAGUACCAGAACGACGCGUCUUCAUCAACUGCUCCAUCGGCCAUGUCCUCUCCCCCGAGGAUUUAGAGACCGAGUCAAAAGCUGCCACCGCUCCACCUGCAGCAGCGGCACCAACACCAGCUGUACCCGAGGAUGGAGGCGGUAACAGGACAGGGAGGGAACCGAGGGGGUUUGAUAGGUUGGCGGGGAGUCUGACGAGGGAGGAGAUUGUCAACUUGAGGCUGACGUUUUAG